CUUUGGAUUGUAAAGGGGGGGUCACAGAGGGGGAGGAGGCGCUCUCAGGCAACAAAAAAAAAAAAAAAACACAUCCCAAACCCCCGCUGGUUCAAGCGAGGAUAGGGACCGUCCCGGGCUGAACCCGACGUUACAAAUAGGAGCCGCCCGCAAUCCAAGUGGAGCAGAGAGCAGCGUGCGCCACAGCGGUCACGACGCGGAGCGAGAGCGCGCAGCGGAGCGGACCUGUGCCACCGGACCUGUGCCACGACGCACACGAGACGCGCCGCAGCGGGGAGAGACACACAGAGAGAGAGAACAGCCGAUCGUUCUUCUGAGGUGGCACUAGUGCUGCAUCCUCUCCUCCCAGAGAUCCCGAGUGCAGUGAGCACCACGCAGCGGUUCCCUCCAGUCUCAGCAGACACGAACAGCUCGUUCAGGCGCCUGUGGCAGACAGGAUGUUUGAGGAGGAGUCCCAGCAAUUGAGGGGGCAGCAGGAUGCGCCUGUGCUCCAGGCACUGGAGCCGGUGACUCCGGGCGGAGGGGGAGGAGGGCGAGACGGGCCUCAGUCCUUCACAGACGAAGCGGUGUCUAUCCUGACCUCCAGCAGCCUUUUGGCCCGCUCCCUCCUGGGCCGCAGCUCCGCCGUCAAGCGCAAAGAGAGCCCCGCGUCCAGCAUCCGGCGCAAGCGCGAGUUCAUCCCCAUCGACAAGAAGGAUGAGGGCUACUGGGACAAGAGGAGGAAGAACAACGAGGCGGCGAAGCGGUCGCGGGAAAAGCGCCGCGUGAAUGACAUUGUCCUGGAGGGUCGGGUCCUGGCCCUGCUGGAGGAGAACGCUCGUCUCAGGGCAGAGCUCCUGGCCCUGAAGUUCCGCUUUGGCCUGGUCAAAGACCCCUCCAACGCUCCCAUUCUGCCCCUCACCACAGCUUCUCAGCACAACGCUCAUACCUUGACUCCUCACUAUUAUAUCCACGUAGGGGACGAAGGCCCCCCCAGCUCCUCAGCCUCACACCCCAACAACCAGACCGGCCAGCUGAGCACCCGGGGCUCCAGAGAUGCAGGCCACACAUCAGAGGACUCCGGAUUCUCUACGCCAGGUGGGUCCAGUGUGGGAAGCCCCAUCUUCUUUGAAGACCGGCUGAGCGAUCAUGGGAAGUUAUCACCACACAGGGCAGAGGAGUUGGCCUAUGAUCUCCACCACUCCCCCGCUGAUGUCCACCACACAGCGGGACUCACCGGAGGGAAGCUGGACCACGCCGAGGCGAUGAUAAACCUGCCUCACAAGCUGCGGUUCAAGACGCCGGGGAGUUGCGACGUGACCGAUCCCACGCCGUCCGCAGCGGGACGGGAAGGUCCGAGAGAGACCGCCAAAGGACUGAUCUCGGGUGAAACGGGAGUAGGGCCCUGCGCGGGCCCCUGGCUCCAGCAGCUGGAGGGGGACGAGGGCCGGAGGGGGCCACAGUCCCCCCAGUGCCCAGCCUCUGCUGCCGGCUACGGCCUCCAGCCUCCGCUCGUGCAGGGACCAACGGAGGUCCAGCAUGGGCACGAUAACAGGCACCUGAAGUGUCAGCUCAACUCUCUCAGCGAGGAGGUGGCUCAGCUGAAGAAGCUGUUCACGCAGCAGCUCAUGGGAAAAGUCAACUGAGGACCAAGUCUGGUGGGGCCAGGCCGAGUUUGCAAAAUGACUGUUAAGAGCAUUGACAUUCAGCACAAAGAGAGGACCACGCAGAUAUCUAAGAGCACUGGUUGAAAGUCAACUUUCAAGUCUAACAAUGUGUUGUUGUUAUUUCAUAUAUUGUAUUAUAUUGUAAUAAAUGUCUUUAAACAUUCAUCUCAUAACCUGCUGUCUAACAACUACUUGGUCGGUGUGGCUCAGAUCAGAUGGGGAGUCUUAUCUUAUCUAUGUGGUGUUAAAUGUAUUACAGUACAACUGUGCUUCAACUCAAUACACUGUGACAACUGAAAACACACAACACAAAGCUGUUUACAUCACAUCAUUACAACACAAGCCUAAGGAACACAGCCUAUCUUUACUUAGAGACAACAGACUGUGGCGAUUGGAAAUAUUAAUUAAAUACAAAUGGAAAUUGAAACUGAUUAGAGAUCAGCGGGUUGCCGACACGCAAUGACGGAGGAAAUGUGUGAAGCUUUGUAAUUAAGAGUGGUGUGAUUCACUGCUGCUCAAACAGCAGUGACAGACAGAAACCACACAGACAUGAAGUUAUUAGACGUCAGAACGUCCGUUAGUCUUGAAAAAAAGGUUUCUAAGGCUUGUUUUAUCGUCACUUUUUAUGUGCACUGCAUUAUGUCACCUCCAAAGAGUGUUUGAUUUUUCAUGCCGGUAGGUGUAACAUGCUGUUUUGUGGUGUUUCACAUCACCCUUGUGGGUCUCUUGUCAUCUGUGCCGAGGUGACGACUCUUGCCUCGCUCUACAUUUUCAUAUUGAUAAUAAAUAAAUCUGACAGAUUCA